GGCGCCCCCGUUUGGGUGGACGCCCUUGCCGCGGAGAAUAAGCGCCUUCUCCGGCAGGCGCAGAAGGUGAUCGCGGUAAGGGCGAUACGGGGGUACCGUACAGUGGCGUUCUCUGCGGCCACAGCCCUCGCGGGCGACCCGCCGUGGGAGUUGGUGGCGGAGGUGCUCGCCGAGGUUUACCACUUUGUGGCGAACAGGAGGGAAAUCGGCGAGCACCCCUCGCCUGAGAUGGUCCGGCGGGUCCGCCUGCGAGGGCAAGCGGAACUCAUGCGGAGGUGGGAGGCAGACCUGGCGCGGGCAACGUACGGUGUACGCACAGUGGAGGCCCUGCGCCAGGUCCUGGAGAGAUGGAUGUUGAGGCGGCGCAAGCCUCUCACCUUCCGCAUGACGCAGGUGCUCACCGGGCAUGGCUGCUUCGGUGAGUACUUGCACCGCGUGGCCCAGCGGGAGACCGAGCCGGUCUGCCACGAUUGUGGCGAGGCUCGGGACACUGCUCAACAUGUUCUAGAGCAGUGUCCCAGGUGGAGUCGGCAGCGCCACGAUCUGGUGGCAGUGCUCGGUGGAGUGGAUCUGUCGCUCCCGAGUGUCGUCAAUGCGAUGCUCGGGAGUGACGGAGCCUGGGCGGCAGUGGCCUCCUUCUGUGAGACUGUUAUGUCACAGAGGGAGGCCGAG